AUUACUCAGCUACGGCUGAAAAAUUAUUUAAUUCAAUAAUAAAAUCAUUUCAAGACGGAAAUAUACCUUUAGAAAAUAUGAUCGGAUUUGGAUCAGAUGGCUGUAAUACUAUGAUGGGCUGUCGUAAUUCAGUGUCCUCACGGUUUAGACAAUUGUGCCCAGGUAUUAUUGUGCUAAAAUGUCUAUGCCAUUCCUUACAUUUAUGUGCCUCAGACGCUUGUAAAGAAUUGCCUCAUGAUGCAGAAAAACUGACUCGAUUGAUUUACAAUUAUUUCAAAAAUAGUAACAAACGUCAAGCAGAGCUAAAAGAAUUUCAAGUAUUUACGGACACUAAUAUUCACAAAAUUCUACGUCCAGCUCAAACGCGUUGGUUGUCGCUGUCCAGUGUUGUGAACAGAAUCAUGGAGCAAUGGGAUGCCUUGCGAUUAUAUUAUGACGAUAAAUGGCUAGAAGAACAGGAUUGCCAAGACAUUCACAAUCUUUUGAAUGAUCCCAUCAUCAAGGCAUAUUUUUAUUUUUUAUGUUGGAUGCUGCCAAAAUUUACCCGCGUUAACGUAUUCUUUCAAAGUGAAGAUCCCGUUAUUAUUGAAGCCCAUAACAAAAUGACUGAGCUAUACAGAGAACUGUUAUCGUUAUUCAUAACUCCAAAUUAUAUUAAAAACACCCCACUCGACGCAAUUGACCCUACUAAUAGUCAACAUUACAUACAUCUGAAAGAUAUAUACCUAGGAUUGGGUGUUGCUAAUCAAGUUGCUGUCCUAGAGCUACAUGCGCAUACCGAAGAAGUUACAGUGAUGAAACAGAAAUGCCUCAACUUUAUCGUUAAAGCAUGCGUGGGCAUUCGGAAAAGAUACAGUUUAAAUGACCCAGUUUUGAGCUCAAUCGCAAAGUUGAAUCCUGAUUCUUGCUUAUCAGAUAAUAGAGAACAGUCUUUGUCUUCACUGUACCCAGUGUUACCAAGGCUGAAACCCCCAACUUUAAAUGAUCAACAGACGUUAGAUGACGAAUGGAGAAACUUGAUUUUUAUUGCGAAUGAUAUACAUUGGAAUACAAGUCAACCAGCAGACUUAUUUUGGCAUCAGUUAUCUCAAAUGAAAGAUAGCAAUGGAGACAUUAAAUUCCAUUUGCUGCCUCGAUUUAUGCUGCAAGUAUUAUCUUUGCCUCACUCAAACGCUGAGUGCGAACGCAAGUUUAGUGAAAUUAAUAAUAUAAAAACCAAGCAGAGGAACUGUCUUAUCACAAACACUAUAAAAGGAAAUAUGUUAGCUCAGCAAGCCAUUCGUCGAAAUUCUGAAAACUGCGUCAAAUUUAAUCCCAGUAAUGAAAUGAUUUUGAAGAUGAAUGCAAAAAUUUAUCAAAAUCAUGAGGAAAUUAUUUUAGAAUAACUUACUUACUUAUACUUAUUUACAAAUAAAUUAAUACAGCAUC